AUGGAUGUAACACAGGAAAUGAAUAUCCUGAAGCACAAAUACCUGAAGUCUAUAAGUAUGCUAGAAGCAGAUACAAUUGACAUCAGCAUAGAAGGAAACCUUUUAGAUACAGGGGAUAGUCGAUACAACAGCCAAGAUGAAAAGCCAACAGGAGAACCAAACAUUGUAGCUAUUUUCAAUAACUAUACAGAUGCUGAGGAAGUAUACAUAUAUCCAAUCUCAGAGUUUGAAAACUCCAAACCAAGAUUAGCACUGACACUCAACACAUAUGAAACCAAUCGCAAAUCAGAGAACCUUAUCAAAGCAACAGCAAACAACAUUGAUUUCAAAGGAUACAAGCUCACAUGGGCAGCCAGAACAGUGAAACUUUGCCACUAUUGUAGGGACACUCAACACAUAAUCACAAAUUGCAACGUUAAAUCCCCAGACAAUGUUCGCACAAAACAUGGGACACUUCCCAGAGACAGAUUCUCCACAUAUUGA